GAUGACGGUUCACCACGUUCCCCAGCGAAGGAACGUGUUUAGGACAUGUUCGCCUAACGAGCGAGCACGACACCUCCACGUGGCCCGCACGAGAUCCUAACGCGCCCUUCACGCGCCAUGCACGAAAAGCCGUGCGCGGGGCACUACCGGGUCGGACUACGCUCCUGAGAAAUAUCGAUUGUCUUGGACUUGCUGGCGCGAUCACAUCCGAUUUAACUGCUCUGCUCUUUUUCGGAGGAUUUACGAACCGGUAUGAAUCGGCAAAAAGUCGAAGAGUGAAGACAUAUAUUUUCUCUCGUUCCGACUGAUAUCGCACUAGUGUGCGCUAGUUCGAAAGUUCUUCGGAAAAGAGGAAAGUUUUUAUCGACGACACGUGAUCACGCCUAUGUCAGAGCACUUUAAUGCGCACGUGCAGCGCGUGCCGGAGAAGCUCUCUCAAGUGUGCGCUGCCACCCUGCGACGAACCGGCGCAAAUGUCGUGGAAAGAUUAAAUUAAUCCCGCGAGAGAGAGAGAGAGAGAGAGAAAGAGAGAGAGAGAGAGAGAGAGAGAGAAAAAUGAGCCUGCCGAACGUGAGUGAUUACUGCCUGCUGGAAAAGAUCGGCACCGGGAGCUAUGCCACCGUGUACAAAGGGUUCAAGAAGGGUGCGAGUCGAGAAGUAGUCGCUAUCAAGUGCGUGGAUAAAGCCUCGCUCUCGAAAUCAGCGGUCGACAAUCUUGUGACGGAGAUCAAGCUGUUAAAUGUCCUCAAGCACGAGCAUAUCGUGGAGAUGAGAGACUUUUUCUGGGACGAAGGGCACAUUUACAUCGCCAUGGAAUACUGCGACGGCGGAGACUUGUCGAGUUUCAUAAAGAAACAGCACCGUCUGCCCGAAAACGUUUGUCGCAGAUUUCUGCAACAGCUCGCACUGGCGUUGCGAUACCUGCGCGAUCAUAACGUUUGCCAUAUGGACCUUAAGCCGCAGAACUUAUUGCUGAUGAGGAAGCCGCGGCUAGUGCUCAAAGUUGGAGAUUUUGGUUUCGCGCAGUACCUCACGAAUUCGGAGCACAAGUUCGCGAUACGCGGCUCGCCGCUUUACAUGGCGCCCGAGAUGCUGUUGAAGCACAAAUACGACGCUCGCGUUGAUCUCUGGAGCGUGGGGGUGAUUAUGUAUGAGUGCCUUUUCGGAAAAGCUCCCUAUUCUAGCAGUAGUUUCCAGGAAUUAGCGGAGAAGAUCAAAGACUGCCGGCCGAUUGAGAUACCGAAGGCGGCACAUGUGUCGGCUACGUGUAAGGAUUUGCUGAUGGCUUUGCUCAAGCAUAACCCCGCCGAUCGGAUAACGUACGACGAAUUUUUCGCUCACGACUUUUUGGACCUGGAGCACGCGCCCACGAGAGAAAAUUACGAUAAGGCAGUGACGUUGGUGCACAAAGCCGUCGAGGCGGAUGCCGUGAAGAAUUCGAAGGAGGCAUUUUAUCUCUACUGCGAAGCUCUAAGAUACUUCAUUCCGAUUUUGACGAAUGAAAGCGAUCCGAAGCGAAAGGAAGUACUACGACAACGUGUGAACGAUUAUAUAAGACGAGCGGAAACUCUCAAAACUGCGUUCGUGGACGGAAAGGACAAGCGACCGUUGGCCGAGGGCAAAGGAGGCACUUCCCUGCAAAGGAUACCGUCCUUAGAGAGAAGCACAGCGUAUAACGAAUUACGACUCCUCGGUAAGAGCACCAUGGGUAUGACAGGUGCGCUCGAAAUAGGAGAAGCUGCCGAGCAGUAUCUCGCCGAGGGUAACUACGCUCUCGCUUUGGAGAAAUUUCAGUCAUGUCUGAGCGUGCUGGUACCUCUGCUGGGCAAGGAACCGUUAGGCCGGAGACGAGAUUUACUGCACAAACAGGUACAAAUAUGGAUGCAGGAAGCUGAAAGCACUAAAGGACUUUUAGCCACCAAGGAUAUAGAGGACUCGUCGCAACGUGCAUCCGACGAACAAUGCGUGUUACAAUAAGCUCUGUAAGCAUAAUAAUAAAGUAUUUUCAUCGUCACAA